AUGCGUGAACACAUCGCCGCACUCCAAGAGCAGGUCAAUGACCUCUACGCCAGCCUGAACGAGUUGCGAAGCAAAUCCGACUUCGCCUACGCCGGUGCCAUCGACCCCCAGUUCUCCCAUGAUGGCUCAAACCGUUCCAUGUCCGCCUCGGUGCCGCGUACGCUACCUCCCCUUAUAUCGCCAAAGAGAGCCCAGCCCAAGGCCUUGCCUCAAUUCCAUGGCCCGACAAGCACAGUGUAUGGAUUGGAUGUGGCGAAAUCUUCCCUACAGACCAUGGGGAUCACACAUAAUGCGCCGGACGAUGGAAUGAUGUCUCGUGAUCGGAGCAGGGCAGCAUCGCCUAUCAUGAUGCUUCCGGCUCAUCCUAGUAAAGACCCUCUCUGGUUGAUUGACCAUUCAGAAGUAGUUCGUCUGUUGCGAGUCUAUGAGGAAGAGAUUGGCAUCAUGUACCCCGUGGUGGAUAUCGACAAGGUGCUGAAGCAGGCGGGUUCAUUGUACAAAUUCAUUGGAGCAUCUCUGAGAACCGGAUUGGGCCAACCGGGUCUCCCAGGUGCAGACACAUUUGACGACGAGGAGACCACUGUUUUGAAGAUGGUUCUCGCCAUAACUUUGACCGUCGAAGGACACGGUCGCAGUGAAUUAGGCCAGAGAUUCUUUGAUGCUGCAAAACCGGCGACUGAUCUGAAAUUGGUUACGGCUCUGGACAUCAAGUCUGUGGUCUUGACGGUCUUGACAGCCACUUUCUAUUUCCAAAAGGACGAGGAGGCUCAGGCGUGGCGAUUUAUUGGCAUCGCAGCGCGCAUGUGCAUUGAGAUGGGCCUCCACAGAAAGGACUCCCUGCUCAAGUCCUUUACGAAUGAAGCUGAAUACCAGCAAGCCAUCCGUAUCUUCUGGACGGUCUACGCGCUCGAUCGGCGCUGGAGCUUUGGCACAGGCAUGCCGUUUGCAUUGCAAGAUGCUGACAUUGAUCCUGCUCUGCCCGAACCAGACGAGAGCCAUCCAUACUUGAAACACAUUACCAAGUACAACCAAAUUGCUACAAAGGUCUGGUACCACAACCUCGCGUACGAGGCGGGGCAAAAUACGAAGAAGGACGAGAUUGGGUUCCUGGAUUACCAGAUCCUGCAAUGGUACGCGCAGUUACCUGAACCAUUGCAGUUCAACAGUCGAGACCUUGCCAGGGAGAACGAGAUACCUGGCCGUGGGGUGCGCCGUCUCCGGCUCUUGAUGUAUUUGCGGAAGAACCAAGCCCGAACCUCUAUCUAUCGUCCCAUCCUUCAUUCUGCUACCAGCAUCAUGGAGAACCGGCACUACGCUCAGAAUGUGAUUGACGUAGCUAAGGACACUAUCAACACCCUGACGGCGGUUAACCAGAUGUCUGAUAUCUACAAGACCCAGCAAGUGCUGUACAACUACUUCCUGGUCCAGGCACUUGCUGUGCUCUUCCUGUCGGUGGCCCAUGCCCCGGCCGUCUUUUGCUCCCAGACCAGGCAAGAGUUCUACGCCGCAAUUGAGAUUGUCAAGGGUUUCAGCACCAAGUCUCAUGUGUCCAAGCGACUGUGGCGAACCAUCCGCGGACUGAAGGACAUGGGCGAUAAGAUCGGUCUUCUGGCUCGCGGAGGCAACGGCAUGAAUGACGCGGAACAGGACGCUCACUCAGAUGCCGCAUUAGCAAUGGCUGGACUUGCCGGACACAAGGUUGACUUUCAGCAAACCUAUGGCAAUCCAACUUCGAACCAGACGAACGGCAACCAAAAUCAGCAAGAGCUAGGAGUCAGCCCAGAUGACGCACUGCAAAUCACGAAUGAAUUAUCCAGUCUGUUUGAAUUGGCAGGCGGUUAUGGAGCUACGACCCCAGGGCCGGACACGUUCAACUUUGUGGGCGCCAACGGGGAAAUCAGUAUGGCAGAAGGAUUCAAUGCCUUUGGAAAUGAGCCGGAAUUUGCCAGGAUCAUGAACGAGUUAUUUUGA